AUGGUGUCCGUGUUACCAACCUCCUGCCAAGUAAGAUCUCUCACUUACACCUCACUAACUUUAUAUAUUAACAACCUAAUUCACAAUGUGCGACGAAGAAGUUGCUGCGUUGGUAGUAGACAAUGGCUCCGGCCUCGUCACCAGGGUGUCAUGGUCGGUAUGGGACAGAAGGACUCGUACGUAGGUGACGAGGCCCAGAGCAAGAGAGGUAUCCUCACGCUCAAAUACCCCAUCGAGCACGGAAUCGUCACCAACUGGGACGAUAUGGAGAAGAUCUGGCACCACACCUUCUACAAUGAACUCCGUGUCGCACCCGAGGAACACCCCGUGCUACUCACAGAAGCCCCCCUCAACCCCAAAGCCAACAGAGAGAAGAUGACACAGAUCAUGUUCGAGACCUUCAACACUCCCGCCAUGUACGUCGCCAUCCAGGCCGUGCUCUCACUGUACGCGUCUGGUCGUACAACCGGUAUCGUGCUUGACUCCGGUGAUGGUGUCUCGCAUACGGUGCCCAUCUAUGAGGGUUACGCUCUACCUCAUGCCAUUCUCCGUCUGGACUUGGCCGGUCGUGACCUCACAGACUACCUAAUGAAGAUUCUCACCGAACGUGGUUACUCUUUCACCACCACUGCUGAGCGUGAAAUUGUACGUGACAUCAAGGAGAAGCUCUGCUACGUCGCUCUAGACUUCGAGCAGGAGAUGGCCACCGCUGCCUCCAGCAGCUCCCUCGAGAAGUCCUAUGAACUUCCCGACGGACAGGUCAUCACCAUUGGAAACGAACGAUUCCGUUGCCCUGAGGCUCUCUUCCAGCCUUCAUUCCUGGGUAUGGAAGCCAACGGUAUCCACGAGACUACCUACAACUCAAUCAUGAAGUGUGACGUCGACAUCCGUAAGGACUUGUACGCCAACACAGUUCUGUCCGGUGGUACCACAAUGUACCCGGGCAUCGCCGACCGUAUGCAGAAGGAAAUCACAGCCCUGGCCCCGUCCACAAUGAAGAUCAAGAUUAUCGCACCCCCAGAGAGGAAAUACUCCGUAUGGAUCGGUGGAUCUAUCUUGGCUUCCCUAUCGACCUUCCAACAGAUGUGGAUCUCGAAACAGGAGUACGAUGAGUCUGGCCCCUCAAUCGUGCACAGGAAGUGCUUCUAA